GACAGAAGCAGCAAGCGAUGGGGAGAAAGAAGGGAUUGCCGGAGUUCGAAGAGACGGCGCCGGAUGGAUUCGAUCCGGCGAAUCCAUACAAGGAUCCGGUGGCGAUGGUGGAGAUGAGAGAGCAUAUCGUCCGUGAGAAGUGGAUCCAAAUCGAGAAGGCGAAGAUCAUGCGUGAGAAGGUGAAAUGGUGUUACCGCGUGGAAGGCGUUAACCAUUACCAGAAAUGCCGUCAUCUCGUCCAGCAGUAUCUCGACUCCACUCGCGGCGUCGGUUGGGGCAAAGACCACCGUCCUGUCUCCCUCCACGGUCCCAAGCCUGAGGCUGUUGAAGGUGAAUGAUGCAUUGCUGAGGUGACCGAGUUUACAUGAUGAAAUUGGUCGUUGGACUGUGCAGAUUUUCUCUUGUUUGUACUCUUUGUUAUUGUUGAAACAUGUCAGUCUUUGGACUGGCGGAUCCAAGGAAGGGUUUUAUAAUCUUCAGUUAUGUAUUGAAGAAACUACACUAAACAUUAGUCUUUCAUUAUGCUACCCAAAUAAGUCCAUUUCUUUAUGUUUCUCUUGGUUUUCGCUAGUUUUUCACUUUCUAGUCAAAAACUCCACCGUAAUUUCUUAGGAAAACUAUCUGGUCUUCAUUGUCUUAUUGAUCAGAUAUGAUUGAAAGCUAUUCUGAAUUCACGAAGUUAUCUUCAACACUACCAAAGAGCGUCCUCCUAGAUAAUGGAGUUCUCAAGUACCCUUCAACUUCAAAUUUCUUUGGAGAAAGCUCUCUGUAUUUCGCAAACUGUUACUUCCCGUCAGCGUUCUUGUCAACCACGACAGAAGUACGGUCUGAAAGGAUCCUCUUUUGUCAGCUGCUCGUAGGUCUUCAGUGUCACGUCUCUUAUUCCCCUCACCAAAUUCUCAGCUUCAGCUACAGCUAACGCAUCUUGCGGCAUUACAUCUCCUCCAGAGCGGUCCCUGACCAAAGAGAUUUAUGUGUAGAUAGUUGGCAACUAUUUUUAGGCAUCCAUCUUGUAAGGUUUGUUAAUAAAUGGUAAUACCAUAUAUUC